GUAUCAUCUGUCAUGCAAUUUCACUUUGUGCGAAAGGUGUUUUUCUUUUUAUUUUUUAUUUUUAAUUUACAAAAUUCCACACAAAAUUAAGUUAUAAAUUAUCUUUGAAAGUGUUAAACUCCUUCAAACAUAAUCUACAACUUCAAAAAUAUAAAGAAAAACAAUUGAAAACCCCUUUCCCCGAGGAAAAGAAAAAAACAAAAAUACAAAAAUAAAAAUCUCAAGGACGUAGUCUACGACGACGACUUCGACGACCAUUGCUGAGUCACUUGUGAAAAAAAAAUAAAAACAAGAAAAACUCUUCAUAUUUUCUUUUGUUUAAUCGAAUAUUGAAAUCUGAGGAAAAGCUACCGUUAUUUAAUAUCAAUUAAUGCAUGAAAAAUACCUCAUACCUUACAUCCCAUUAAUAUUUUAAUUUCCUUCUGUGGGUGGAUUAUGAGAUGCAAACUAGACGUCGCUUACAAUCAGGAGUUUACACUGACGCACCGCUGGACGAUAGUAUAAGCGGCACAGUAACCACAACUAUUCCAUCGUCUGUUGUCGUUGACACACAACUCGAUCUACAGCUCCAGGAAUCGGACGACAAUAAGAAAUAUUCCAAAGGUUGGAACUUUCGUAACUUCUCGAAUCGCAUCCAAAUUUCAUCGGGGAAUGCCCUCAGGGCAUUGAUACAAACUCCACUGACCUCAGCAAUAGCAUCAGAUUCACAAUAUUUUGGAUCGGCCCCUCAGAGCCAGGGACAGCAGUUGAAUCAAUUCGAAGACGAGUUUGGUGGUGAUUCGUUGGAGGAACCCUUUGACAAGGACAAAAUAAUCGUAAUGGCAGCUCGAGAUAGAACGAACGAAUUUGCGAAUGCGAUACGUUCGCUGCAAAGCAGAAAUAUAUCGCGAGCAGUUAGCGUAAAAGAUCCACGCAAAGCCAGACAAAUUCAGAGCCAUUCAGAGUUUAUGAUGGUGGCUAAGUUGGUUGGAAAAAAUAUCGCUAGCACCUACGCCAAGCUGGAGAAAUUGACACUCUUGGCAAAAAAGAAAAGUCUCUUCGAUGAUAGACCCCAGGAAAUUCAAGAACUCACAUACAUCAUUAAAGGUGACCUAAAUGCGCUGAACCAGCAAAUAGCCCGCCUCCAGGACAUUUCAAAAGACCAACGUCGUACCACCAACGGCAAGCAUUUGGUAUCACAUUCCUCAAAUAUGGUACUCGCCCUCCAAUCCAAAUUGGCCAGCAUGAGUACAGAUUUCAAGCAAAUCCUCGAGGUGAGAACCGAGAAUUUGAAACAACAAAAAACCCGACGUGACCAAUUCAGCCAAGGACCAAUGACCAGCCGAAUGUCGGCAGCAACAGCCAAACAAGGAAGUCUCCUGCUAAGCGAAGAGAAUCAGAUUAGCAUUGACAUGUCCGCCGAUGAGAAUCGUCCACUCCUUGCCGGUGGAUCGGGCGGCGGCCACCAUUCGAAUCAAAUACAAGCCCAACAGCAAAUGGUGCUGUACGAUGAAUCUGAUAAUUACGUCCAACAACGAGCUGAAACUAUGCAAAAUAUCGAAAGUACAAUUGUGGAAUUGGGUGGAAUAUUCCAGCAGCUGGCACACAUGGUGAAGGAACAGGAGGAAAUCGUUGAGCGAAUCGACACGAAUGUGCAGGACGCCGAAUUGAAUAUUGAGGCAGCCCACGGAGAGAUUCUCAAGUAUUUCCAAUCGGUAUCGAAAAAUCGUUGGCUUAUGAUUAAGAUAUUCGGUGUUCUGAUAUUCUUCUUUAUUUUCUUUGUUGUAUUUUUAGCGUAAUAAUUAUUAAAAAUAUUAUAAUGUAUUAAAAAAAAUAUUAUUUCCAUUAAUCUAUUAUUAUAAACUGUGAACUGUAAAAUGUUUUUUGUUUUAUAAUCUUAUAUUCUUACCUUUUUUUUUGUUUUGAUUGGAAAAUUAUGAAAAAUUAUUAAAUACUUUAAAUCUAAAAAAAUCGAACAUUUUUAUUUAAACAAAAAAGAGGUAAUUAUUUAUACCCAGUGCGAGGGGAAGGUCAUAACAGCAAAUAACAGCAAACAUUAUUAUCUGUUUAAUAAUUUAUUAACAUGAUAAUAAGGUUUGAAAAUCGUUAAAAUAAUUUGUUAAUACAUGAUUUAGGUGAAAUAAUUAUCUUUUGGGAUAUUUAUGUUUAACUUUGGGUUGACUUUAUUUUUCAUUGGAUUUAACUUAUUCGUUUUAUGGUUUUAUAUGCGGAUGGUGUGCUGAAAAAUGUAAAGAAAAUUUAUAAAUAAAAACAACAACAAAAAUAAAUUAAUUCAAACACUAAA